AUGACUAUGAAGUUAAGAGUCUUCUGUCUUGUCCCACUUCUUCUAGCCAGUUAUGUGCAGGCAACCCCCAGGCGGGAAAAGAUGAAGAGGGAUUGCUACACAGAUGUGAAAGGCACCAUCUAUGACUACGAGGCUUUUGCUAUUAACGGGAAGGAACGCAUUCAGUUCAAGCAGUAUGCAGGCAAACACGUCCUCUUUGUCAACGUGGCUACCUAUUGUGGUCUGACAAUGCAGUACCCUGAACUGAAUGCACUCCAGGAGGAGUUGAAGCCAUUGGGCUUGGUUGUGUUGGGCUUUCCCUGCAAUCAAUUUGGAAAGCAAGAACCAGGAGAAAAUUUAGAGAUUCUUCCUGGGCUCAAGUAUGUUCGUCCUGGAGGAGGAUAUUUACCUAAUUUCCAGCUUUUUGCAAAAGGGGAUGUAAAUGGUGAAAAAGAACAGAAAAUCUUCACCUUCUUGAAGCACUCCUGCCCUCACCCCUCAGAGGUUGUGGCCUCAAACAAACAUAUCUACUGGGAGCCAAUAAAAGUCCAUGACAUCCGGUGGAACUUUGAGAAGUUCCUGGUGGGACCCAAUGGAGUCCCUGUCAUGCGCUGGUUUCACCAAGCUCCAGUUAGCACUGUCAAGGCUGAUAUCCUGGCGUACCUGAAGCAAUUCAAAACCAAGUAGGAAGACUAGUCUUCAGAGCCCAUCCUACUUCUCCCUUAAAGAGCUGUUCUGAAAACAUCCAUCUUCGCAUCCCACUCUUUACUUACUGCCCAAGUCACUCCUAACUUGCCUAUGUCCCUUCCCUGCACAAAGUGGAUUUAUGUCUGGAAAGCAGCUGAGAGGGAGUGGGGGGAAAGUGGGGAAAACCAGCAUAAUUCUAUUUUAAUUAAAACAUUAAAAAGAAAAACUAAGAUAAUGCCCCUAUGUAUUUGGGGCAUUCUCUUUUCUUUUGUUUGUUUGUUUGCUUGCUUGCUUAGGUUUGGGGCAGGGGGUUCAAGAUGAUUGAUGUAUGCUCCUGUAAACAAGGGGUGGAGGCAGAGAAAAAUCAAGAAUUCAAGAUCAUCC